GUGGGCAGGGGGUGGGGAGGAUGGCAGAGGCCCGGGCUGCUGCUGCUGCUGCUGCUGCUGCUGCUGCUGCUGCUGCUGCUGCGGGGAGACCCGGAGGCAGAACGACCCCCCUGGCAUCUCAGCCUGUGACCACCUCCCCCCGCCCCCCGUCCCCUCCCUGAACGGUACCUCUGGCCCGCAAAGCGCUCCGCUGGCCACCUCUCCAGCAGAUGCGCGCCCGCAUCGGGGGCUCGCCUCCAUCCUCCUGCGGGGACUGAGAUGCCCCCUCCGCCCCCUCCUCCCAGAACUUAACGCCCCCCUCCCCGGGCCCCUUCCCCCCUUCCCCUCUUUCUCCUCGUCCGGGGGGGGCGCGAAGAGAUGCUGCAAAGCCUGGCGCACCCUCGCCCCGCGCUCCUGCAGGCUGAAGGUGACUCUCUCCUCCGACCGGCCCGGGUCCCGUGAGUGGCGAGGGGUGGGCUGUGGACCGGACGCCCCUUCCCCCCCCCCCCCCCCCCCCGGUGGGGGCCCCGGCCUGGCCGAGUGGGGCUUGGCGCAUGUGCCCGGGUGCAUGAGUUCGGCGGCGAAGGGGCGCAGGAAGCGCCCGGCCCGGUCCUUGCGCCCCUCUCUCUUCCAGCUCAGCAAGCCCCCCCGGCCCGGAGGGGACUGCGACUCGGACAGCGUCCCCCAGACCCAGAGAGCCCUGGACCACUGCAAGAUGCUGGUCCAAGAAUUCAACACCCAAGUGGCUCUGUACCGAGAGCUGGUCAUUUCCAUUGGGGACGUUUCGGUCAACUGUCCAUCUCUUCGGGCUGAGAUGCACAGGACGAGGACCAGAGGUUGUGAGAUGGCCCGCCAGGCCCACCAAAAACUUGCAGCCAUCUCUGGCCCUGAAGACGGUGAAAUCCACCCUGAAAUCUGCCGACUUUACAUCCAGUUGCAGUGUUGCUUAGAAAUGUACACCACAGAGAUGCUCAAGUCCAUAUGCCUGCUAGGAUCUCUUCAGUUUCACCGGAAAGGGAAAGAACCUGGUGGGCUACUCCCCAAGAGCACUGACUGUAAAGCCGAAGAGAGUUCUGAAGUACCUAUAUUAGAAGACACAUCGUCAUCACCAGUGGCUCCAUACCAUUCUUGGCAGGUUUCCACAGAUAUUGAAAACACGGAAAGAUAUGCGAGAAAUGAAAAACCUUUUAAGCAAACUCAGGGAGACUAUGCCUUUACCAUUGAAAAAUCAAGGUGA